AUGAAUGCAAGGGUCGCAAGGAGAGGUCAUCCGGUUCCUUGUUAUAGGGAUAUCAGAAAUCCCUCAAGGUUUCUGCAGAAUCACAAUCAAACUUCAACUGCACGUACUGGCAAAGCUGAUAAUGGCGCAAGAUCCUCUAACCCCAAACCCCAUUCAUCGGCAACAGUUUGCAAGUACUGGAUCAAUGGAAAUUGCGCACAUGGUGAUCGUUGUUGGAACUUGCAUUCCUGGUUUCGGGGCCAUGCCGUUUCUCCGCUCACUAAGCUCCAUCAACACAAGAAGACUGUCACCGGAAUUAAACUUCCGGUUGGAUCGGACAAACUAUUUUCCAGUAGCACUGAUGGGACAGUUCGCGUAUGGGACUGCCAUACGGGUCAAUGUGUUAAACUUAUAAAUCUGGGUGCUGAAGCAAGGUGUUUGAUCAGUGCGGGUUCGUGGGUUUUUGCUGGUGUGAGCAAUACUGUUAAAGCUUGGAACAUUCAGACGGCUGCUGAGCUCACUCUUGAUGGACCUAAGGGCCAUGUACUUUCCAUGGCUGUUUGCAACGAUAUACUUUUUGCUGGAGCAAUGGAUGGUGUUAUUUAUGCAUGGAGUGCCAUCUCUGAUGCAAAUGUCCCAUUCAAACCACUGGCAACGUUAAAUGGCCAUAGCAGAGCUGUUGUUUGCUUAACUGGCGGACCAGGGGACAAGCUCUACUCAGGUUCCAUGGAUCAUAGCAUAAAGGUUUGGGACCUCAAGACAUUACAAUGCACGAUGACGUUGAAAGGGCACACUGAUGUGGUGACAUCUCUUAUCUGUUGGGACCGAUAUUUGUUCUCAAGUUCAUUGGACUGCACAGUUAAGCUUUGGACCGCCACUCAAGAAGAAACUUUGGAAGUAGUGUAUACUCACCACGAAGAACAUGGCGUGGUUAGAAUUAACGGCAUGAUUGAUGCAAAGGCGAAACCCAUUUUGUUUUGCUCGUGCAACAACAACUCAGUCGGGCUGUAUGAAAUGCCAUCAUUCAGUGCGAGAGGAAGAUUAUUUUCAAAAAAAGAGAUUCGAGUGAUAGAAGAAGGCCCUGGUGGACUCUUCUUCACUGGAGACGGAACUGGUUUGCUCACUGUCUGGAAAUGGUUGGCAGAGUCGGAGCCUAAGAUUGCAUCUUCGUGAUUCCCAAUCUUAAUUAUACGUGUAAUUUAGUUUAACCAUAGAGUUUGCAUCUUCCUUGUCUUGGACAAGAUAUCAAUCAUAGCAAGAUUAUUGAUGUGUUUCAAAAUACUUGUUUGUAACAUUAUAUACAUAUAUUCAAUUCCAAUUAUGAAAUUGCC